CAUGGAUGUUCCACUUACGCUCGUGUUGAUGGCGUGCGUGUUUACAACAUACAUAAAGGGUUCGAACUCCCUACAGCUAACAAGUUCUCCAGCAACAGCAUCGCCACACCAGCCGUACACCUUGAUGUGUAGCAGUAGUGGCAAUGAUGGCAGGACUAGAGCGUGGUACUGGAGGAAUGAUCUACUCCUUCGUACGCGAUAUGUUUCAGACACAAACUGUCAAGUUGAGAAGUCCAACGAUUACAACUACAGACAUCUGUCAGGACGUAUCAAUGUAUCCUGUAGUCACAACCAGCACAAUGUGACUCUCAGGAUCCUCACUUCCAUAGACAAUGGAUCUGUGUGGUGGUGUGUGGAUACUGCGCGUAGUCAGGAGAGCAACAGACUGACAAUACACGUAGUAAACCUUACGACAGCGUCAUCAACAGCUACGAAAGCAGCAAUUACAGCAACUACAGGUACUUCAGCUACUACAACAACUACAGCUACUACAGGUACUUCAGCUACUACAGCAAAGUUUGAUAUCUCUUCAAGCACGUCUCUUCAAGAAGGGGUGUCUACUGCAGACCAUGGGGCUGACGAGAAACCAACAUCAGGUGACGAUGCCCCAAACGUCGUCUACAUUGCGGUAGGAGCAGCGGUGGGUGGCGUUGUUGUUGGUUGCGUCAUCUCCGCCAUCGUCUUCAUCAUGUGGAUGAGAAGGAGGAACACCAGUACAGAAGACGAUGCGAGCGCUCCAAAUAUAUACACGUCUCCGGCCCACUACGAGGACAUGGAGCACCAGUAUGAUAAAGUAGACAGGCAGUACGUCAAUACUGUGAAGGUUAGUGGGGCUGGUUCUCCAGAUUCCGUGAACACAGGGGACCAAGCGGGUAACGCAGCCUACUACAACACAACUGGUCAACAUCAGCAUCCUGAUGAACAUGCAAAUGCUGGAAAUACAACGUACUACAACGAUUCACGUGAUGCUAAUAACUAGAUUCAAUGGGCUAGCACUACAAACUCGACAUUAGUCUGGACUAGUAGAAGCAGACCCAUGUUCCCCUCACCUCACCCAUUGUAACUUCAUUGAUUUCACAACUAGCCCGUUUAUGAAUUUUGGUACUUAGAAUAUGUCCCUUGCAAUCAACAUUAUUGUCUAACGAGGCGAUAUAAUUAAUCGGGUAGUCAGGCUCGGUGACAGGGUUGAUAGCAUGUUCUCGUACUCAGAUGGAGUGGAUCAUUGCUCGCAAUAUCAUUAACUGAUUUGCUGGCCGCUCUCAUGAAGCUUGAGUUAUGCUGAUGGUGGCGUUAAACACCACACAAAAGAAACAAAAAUAUCCAUAAGCACAACACAGGGUAACACAAGAAUACAAGAUACGACACAUUCGAGAAUACAAUAUUCAACAGUAAAUGUGCCUUUUACCAACAGCGCUUUCUUGAAACAGUGUGGUUGUUUUGGGUCUAUGAUUCUGCAAUUGGUUGUGUUGGUGUAUGCUAGCUAUGCCUCUGUCAACAUGGUAAUUCAGGCAUAAUUUGAAAGUGUUUUGGAAGUUAAAUAGUUCUCUAUUGAAAGACGGAACUUGAGAUGAUGUAACACUCGUUAAGACUACCAUUGAAGAAACAAAACAGCAGUAUAAAAAAUAAAGAUAAUAUGAUGGAAACAGAGUUUAAUAUUGACAAUCAAUCUUUAAGAGUGAAGACAACGCAAUUUUCAUCCUACAAAAAGAAAAAAAAGAAAUAUAUACGGGAAAGAAAACUAAAACAAAAUCUCCUGACUAAACAAUUAGAUGAAUCCCCGGAGCAAACAUUGAAAGAGGACAUGCUGGCAGAUUCGAGCCACACUGCCAUGGGAUCCGUGCCAAUUUCAACUUGUCACACAAAGGGGCACACACAGUACGGGAUCUAGACCAAUGGUAGUCAGACUUUCAUUAUGUGGACAUCUCAGUGGCUGAGUGGGUGUGCUGGCGAUUAGGUGCCUCACCCUGGCGGGGUGGGUUCGAAUAGAACUAAGUACUAGAACCUGUACACUACAAAGAAAGUGGUAUCUCAAAUAUGACAUUUGUUACAUUUGACCACUUUCAAAAUGGCAGUGGUCAUAGCUUUCGGCCAUGGGAUCCGUGCCGAUUUACACUUGUCAGAGAGGUACACAAAAUACGUGAUGUAUACUACCAGUUGUCGGACUUUUAAUAAGUGGAAGCCUCGGUGGCUGUGUGGAUAGAUCGCUGACUUUAUGUGCUGGCGAUUAGGUGCCUCACACUGGCAGUGUGGGUUCGACUCAACAACAAAAAGUACUAGAACCUGUACUUAGUAAGAACAUGUUAUCCCUAAUAUAACAUUUGUUAGAUUUUACCACUUUCUAAAUGGUAUUGUGUGUUCAUAUUUUUAACCUGCAGAGGUGUUUUUCACACUCUGAAACAAUGCUGUUGAAGUCAAGGAUUACCAAAAUUUGCCAUUUUCCUACAAUCUUCUUUUUUACCGUAUUAAUAUAAAAUACUUAUAGACAUUUAUGUGAGAGAAAUAAUCAUUUUGUAAAAUUGGAGUACGAAGAUGAACACGAUACUUAAGAAGAAGAUAGGAAGAGUAUCAAGUCAUACAUCAUAUAUUAUACAUAAUACAUGUUGUCUUCUUAAUAUAAUGGGAUAAAGACAGUUUAAGUUGUAGCUACUAUUCUAAUGAAACAGAAGAUGUUAUACAUAUAUUUUUUGGAAUGUAACAAAGUAAGCUCCAUCUGGUGAGACCUGAAAAGUUGGAUAUCACUCAGAGCGCACAACCCGGUAAUAAUAUCCAAUAUGACAGGUGUAACAACACGACACGUAUUACACCCCUACCAAUGCAUUUUGAAUCGGCAAUCGCCAUCAGCCCGGAUGGAAAGAAUUUUCAGUAAUGUCCCGUUGUGCGUCGUCUGCUCGGCUAGCUUUCCCGUGACAAUGUCAAUUUGAUUGUAUGGUAUGUGAUGCAAAUGGUAUUAGAUGGUCCUCUGGGUGAUAUGGGGGUCUUGGGUUGAUAUGGGUUAUGAUAUGAAAACUGCCAUGUGAUAACUUUUAAGCCAUAUUAAUAUCCUAAAUCCUGUUAUGCAAUGAUACAUUCACUAACAUAUGACAUGAUAUAUACGUAAUAUGAAGGUAGCGAUUGAUAGAUACAUGCAUGUACUGUUUGUUUGGUGUUGUUUAACACCUCAGUCAUCAAUAUCCCAGGUAUAUUUUACUUGCAAACCAAUAUCUCCAAGAAUCGCAGAAAAUAUAUAUUGCUUAUAUUCCAUGUACACUUUACUUACAAACUAUUGUUUCCAAGAAUCUCAAAAAAAUAUGUCUCCAGACUAUGUUAUGGAAGCCUCUUCCUUCAUGUGGAGACAUGUCGGCACAGUAGAC